GUAAUAAAUAGCGUUCCAUACUUAAAAGCUGUAAAAGAAAAUCUUGCGUGAACACGGCGUUUGUCUCAAAUUUCAUCUAAAUACUAGCUCCUAGACAUAUACUACGUGUAUUUUGUUGCUGUAUUCUAAAAGAUGAAAGCAGAUAAAGCAGAAGCAAAAGACAACUCGUCGCUUGGAGAUGCCUCGAUGGAGAAGCGGAGGAGAAAGCGCCAUAAGAAAAUCAUACUUGAUGUCAGUCAGCAGAUCGAGUUUUACUUCAGCGAUGCCAAUUUGAGGAAAGAUCGAUUCCUGAAGCAAGAAAUGUCUAAAAAUAAAGAUGGAUAUGUUAGCGUGGAGACCAUAGCCAAUUUCAACAAGAUGUUAUCCAUGACUGAAGAUAGGAAGGAGGUUGUCUCUGCCAUUCAGCUUUCAAAAAUCCUCAAGCUCAGUGAUGAUCAGCUCUUUGUAAAGCGGACAGCACCUCUGGAGCCGCCCAAGUACGAUCCCGAUGACUGCACUGUAUAUGUAGAAUGCAUACCCAAGAAGGCAGACCAUGACUGGCUCAGGAAGACCUUCUCAUACUGCGGUAAAGUGUUGUAUGUUAGUCUACCCCGCUACAAGUCGACUUCGGAUAUCAAGGGGUUUGCUUUCAUUGAGUUUGAGUCUCCCACAGAGGCCAGCAGGGCUUGUCAGCUGUUAAACAAUCCCUCACCCAAUAUGAUGGACCGGGCCGGAAAAUUCCCCAAGAUGAGAGGAACGAAGAGGAUAGUGCCUUUAGAGUUUGACCAGAGCAAGGGAUUUUAUCCCAGUAGCAACCAGCCUCUUAGGGCUGCAGGUCAAGGACUUGAAAACUGCAGUGGUGGCAGGUUAGGAACCGAUGCAAAUCAGGCUAGUGGGAACAUGGGAAGAAGUGAUCUGAUGGGGAGGUUGUAUGGUGGUCAAGGAAAACAGAAAAGGAAAAUACAGUCUGAGGAUGGGGAUGGGGUUUCAGAUGGAAGCAAGAGACUGAAGGAUUCUUCUUCAGGCGAAGACAAGAACACCAGUGAUGGACCGAGGGAAUCGUCGGACUCACCGAAGGGGCUGAAGCGGAAGCGGAUGGUGGAACCUGACCUGGAGGGCCACACGUCUUCAAGAAAGGGUGCCUCUGUGAGUGAGAGUCUCAACGCGGACGAGGAAGCAGAUGGACAGGUGCCCAAGACUUUGCAGGAGGCCAAGAGGCGAAUGAUGAAGCGGAAGCGGAGUCUGAGCGAAGGAGACAUGUGGAGUGUCCGGGAGAUGGCAGAGGACGAGGAUGGAGACGGUGACGAUCCUGAUCUUUGCAGCAAGGCAAUGAAGAAACUGAGAGGCGAUGACGCAAGAGAUGCAGUGGGUGAAGGGGUGAAAGACGAGGAAAAGAAGAAGCGGAAUCGGAAGAAGAAAUUAAAGAAGAUUCAGGAGGAAGAGGAAACUCAUUUCCUUAGAGUCAUCUCAAAGAGAGAGUGGUUAUUACUCAAAGAGGAGUAUCUUGACCUCCAAAGGGAGAGUUUAGCCCAGAUGAAACAAGCCAAGAGAUCAAACUUUCCAAUGCCCAUAUUUAGAAAAGGAACUCAAACUGCCCCAAAGGUGUGUGAUAGCGAUACAUUACAGCCUAAGAAUGAAGAUCUCACCCAGUCUACGACCAACGAGCCUGCCUUUACUGCAGGGACCGUCAUGAAAUUAGAAUGCUUGCAAUCAGGGGUCUCAAGGAAAGAAGUUAAGGAACACCUUCAAGCCAUCUCGCCCGUUGCUUACGUCGAACUCCUUGAAGGUCACACGCAAGGGUUUGUAAGGUUCGAAUCCGCAGACGGACCUAAGGCUGUUCUUCAAGAUACCAACAUUGCCCAACUUGCUUCACAGCACCUGUCACUUUCUCUGGUUACGGGAGUCGCAGAAAAGGCAUACUGGGAGAAGCUCUCCCGUGAUCGACAGAUCAAGCUGGGCUCUAAACAGAAGAAGAAGAAAAAGAGAGGAGUGAAUAAGACUGCUGGCCGAUCGAUCACAGAGAAGGAGACGGCGCACAUCAGAUUCGAUGAUUAAGUCCGAAAAGAAAACUAAGAGGUGGAACGGCAAAGACUGGAUUUUACUCUACUCCUGUUUGGCGCUUGAAGAAUUUUGUAUGGAAUAACUUAGACUGUCUCAAUCAUUUCUUGUUUAUCAGUGAUAGGGAUCUGUGAUGUGAAGGAUAAGAAAUGAAUGUUUUAUUGGAUAAAUUUGACAUUUUAUUCAUUUUACACAAUUUAUUUUGAUCUUUUAGGGCACACAAUUUUCCUACUUUUUUAAUCAUUUUCCUACCACCCACCCCCUUUUGAUCCUUUGGAUUGGCAUGACAACUCUUUGGCCCGUAUUCUGAAGUCAGGUUUAACUGAGACCAUGGUCUAACUCUGUGCUAAAAUCAUGGAAAGCCUAAAACAUAAACAUUUUCCUUACAUUCCUGCUCUUUCCUAACUCGUGAAUAAUCCUUCUGAAACGUUAAGAAUAAUUUGAAAAAAUUGAGCUGAUACAUUGAAAUUUUACUGUUAUAGAUUGUCAUUAUUGGCUAUCUAUUGUGAAACUACAACUUUAAACCAGAGUUUAAAUUAAGCCUGACUUAGACUACGGGCCAAUGUAUUCAGAAAAGUUUUAUAACACAAGUGUAGAAAAUGCAUUUCAGUGAUAUUCAACCAAAUUCACCCAUAUCUGUAUAUUUAGGUUGAAUUUAUUCAACAAACGUCAACAAGGUCAUUUUAAGUGUUCAAAGUCAAUACAACUAUAAGGAAUGACAUUGGCUACUUAGAUAAAUGAGUUGCCUCUUCCCAUUAUUUAGGUAUGUUACAAAAAAAAAUUAAAAUCAUGGAAACAUCUUGAAACUUAUCUCAUUGAAUAGAGCUUGCAAAAACCUUUAAUUUGAUACAUUACUCAUCCCUAUAUGUUUUAGAUUAAGGAAGUUAUGCUAAUUUUAUACGCAAAAAUUUGCAUAUUGACACCGCAUUCAUUUCCUAUGUAGACGACCAAAAACUGUGAUCAAGAUCACGCUAUUGAAGAAUGAAAAUUGUCAUAACUUUCUUCAGGAUAAAGAAAUCCAUCUGACGUUUUUACCAUUAGUAGAGUGAAAUAUCUGUUACCAAAUACAUUUGUCUGUCUUGAUAGAUUAUUUUGGGAAAGACUGUUGAUACAUAAUUAAUGACAUAACAAGAUCGUUCGAUCGCCACUCACAGCAUAGUGCAAGUUCAUGUAUUAGUACGUAGCAUUCGGGUACAGCGUAGCCGUAGUGACCGUACAAGAGUUACUGCCAAUCCAUGACAUGCACCAAUGUCGCUUCAAAAAAUGAUAGUUGGAAUCGUCAAAUUUCGAUAAGAUUUCACAUGAGCACUAAUUAAAAGAUAAAUAAUCAUCCUAUAUACCUUUUAUCUGGGUCCAAUACCCCGGUCAUGGAAUUUGAACGGGUUGAACUUUCACUUCACUUUGUCUUCGUCGACUUAUCGCAAGCAUAAAUUGUCUCAAUAUAAAUCAGAUACCAAAUUGAAGAGGAAGUUUUCAACAUUCUCAAAAACUAGUAUCCGAUGUAUUAGAAGUACAUUUAACCACUGAGAAAGCUCCAUUUACAGGGGAUACCCGUCCAUCUCGCACCCAUAUGCACGCACACACAGUGACAGAAAUUUCGCUGCCGCGAUGCGGGGAUUGCGACAUACCUACAUUAUUAUCAUCUACCCUCCAAAUUUCCAUUAUGAGGUUAUAUACCCACGAUCGCAUUUUUGAAAAGUUAUACCAUCAUCUUCUGUUGUGUCCGAUAUUUGUUCCUUACAAAAUAUUUUACUUCUCGAUGUGAGGUUGCUUUUCUAUUUCAAGAGAGCCAACUUUUGAGUUAGCUACAUGUACAUGUCCAAGUGCCAAGAUAUGAGACAGAGUGUUUUUCUUCAUGAGUUGCCAUUCAUGUAUAAUAAACUUUCUGUUAAGUUUA